CAAAAACCGAUCGGGUUCAGCUGGCGCAGCAAUAAGAUCUUCAUUGCAAGCUCGGUCGGCGCUGGCCUCUUUACUGAUCUCUUUCUCUACGGUCUAAUCGUCCCGGUACUGCCUUUCAUGCUCGUCGAUCAUGUGGGCAUGCCUCAAGACCAAGUCCAAGGACAUGUUUCGAGCCUACUAGCAGCUUAUGCCGGCGCGUCUGUCCUCACCUCUCCAAUAGCCGGUGUCAUUACCGACAGGUUCAGGUCAAGACGAGCACCUUUUCUGCUUGGGGUGACUUUCUUAACGGCAGCUACUACGUUGCUUGUUCUGGCGCGUACCAUCGCUUUACUCAUCGUCGCAAGAGCUCUGCAAGGAGUCAGUGCAUGCUUUGUAUGGUCUACUGGCAUGGCACUACUGUUCGAGACAGUCGGAGCCGCAGAUUUGGGGAAAUACAUCGGAGCUAUCUUUGGUGUCAUCUCUAUUGGAACGCUAUUAGCACCUAUGCUCGGCGGGAUACUGUACGAGAAGGGAGGCUUGGCAGCUGUUUUCAUACUCGCAUUUGCCAUCUUGGCCACUGAUUUUAUUUGCCGCUUGGUUAUCAUCGAGGCAAAGGAUGCUGAGCAGUACAACAAACUCGACUACACCAACUCAUCAUCUGGCGAGGACAGAUUUGGUGUGGACAACGAUGCAACGGAAGAUGCCACCCCCGUAGAUGAGGCAACGCGACUUCUCUCUACUCCGACCACGAACGAUGACGAGGAUCCGUACAAGAUUUCACCGAAUUUGCCUGCAAUCUUCCGAUUCAUCCCAAUUCUACCAUGUCUUGCAGCCCCUCGUCUUAUCGCAGCCCUCACCAUCGCUUUUGUCCAAGCUAUCUUGAUUGGAAGCAUCGACGCAACUGUUCCCCUUGUCUCCGAAGAAUACUAUGGAUUCUCAUCCCUCCGAGCUGGCCUGAUGUUCUUGCCUAUUGGUAUUGCCAACCUCAUUUUUGGCCCUUUCUUGGGUCGGUGUGUCGAUAAACUUGGGCCUAAGAUGGUGGCUGUCAGUGUGUAUCUGUACCUUGUUCCCGUUCUAGCCUGCUUCCAAUUCGUACACCCAGGUGGAAGACAGGAAGUAAUACUAUACGAAGCUUUGCUUGGCCUCGUAGGAAUAGGAAUGGCAGGCAUGGGGGCACCGUCGAUCAUUGAAGCGAGCACAGUAGUAGCCAAGUAUCACAUGGCUAAUAUGGAUUUCUUUGGGCCAAACGGUCCUUAUGCGCAGCUGUACUCUCUGAACUUCUUCUUUUACUCACUUGGAUUGGCUGUCGGUCCAGAAUUAGCUGGUCACUUGAGGGAAAAAAUUGGUUAUGGUUGUAUGAACGCAGCUCUGGCUGUCAUUUGCGCUGUGGCAGCUUUGGUAUGCUUCUUUUUUAUUGGGGAGAAGAAGAGCAAAAGG